AUGGACGCGGGCGCCGCGCCGUGGUGGGCCGCGCCCGCGACCUCGUCCAUCGUCGCGACGUCGCGCCGCGCGGACGACGACGCGGGCGCGGCGUCGAGCUCGGGCGCGUUCGGGUGCGACGUCCGCGACGCGCGCACGGGCGCGCGGCGACGCCCGCGCGGACGCGACGCCGGGGCGUCGUCGAGACCCGCCAUCGGCGCGACGUCGUCCGCGCCCGCGAGCGCGAUGGACGGUCCCACGCUCCGCGCGGCGCUCGCCGCGUCCCCUCGGAUCGUCGUGAACGUCACCGCGAGUUGGUGCGCGCCGUGCGAGAGGUUCAAGCCCAAGUUCGCGGACCUCUCCGGGGCGUUCCCGGACGUGGCGUUCGUGAGCGUGGACGUGGACGCGCUCGACGACGACGCCGUCGACGCGCUCGGCGUCGAGACCGUGCCGACGUUUCUGUUGAUGCGCGACGGCGAGGAGAAGACGAGGAUCGUCGGGAUCGCGCACAAGAGGCCGGCGAAGCCGAUAGCCGCGGCGAUACGCGCGCACCUCCUGUAG